CAGAGAGUACCCUUUGAGAAGGGAGACGGGUGUAUAGAACAACAACACAUGUACCACAAGAAUUGGGACAGAUCAUGGAUUCAGAAACAUUUGAAAAAUCUCGUCUCUAUCAGCUGGACAAAAGUACUUUCAGCUUUUGGUCAGGCCUCUAUUCAGAGAUUGAGGGCACCAUGAUUCUCCUCUGUGGAGGAAUUCCUUUUCUCUGGAAACUGUCUGGUCAGAUCUCUGGUCAUGCUGGAUUUGGACAAGAAUAUGAGAUUGUUCAGUCAUUGGUAUUUCUGCUGCUUGCAACACUCUUCAGUGCCGUGACUGGUCUCCCAUGGAGUUUAUAUAAUACAUUUGUCAUAGAAGAGAAACAUGGCUUCAAUCAACAGGUAUUGCAGAGAGCACUUGUACUGACCCAAUGGCUUCAGACGCUGGGAUUUUUUUUUAAGGAUGCUAUCAAGAAGUUUGUUGUGACUCAGUGUAUUCUGUUGCCAGUGACAUCUCUUCUACUUUACAUUAUUAAAAUAGGGGGAGACUACUUCUUCAUCUAUGCCUGGCUCUUUACCUUAGUUGUUUCCUUGGUGCUUGUUACAAUCUAUGCAGACUAUAUUGCACCUUUGUUUGAUAAAUUCAUUCCACUUCCGGAGGGAGAGCUCAAGCAACAAAUUGAAACAAUGGCAAAGAGCAUUGACUUCCCGUUGACUAAGGUGUAUGUUGUUGAAGGUUCUAAGCGUUCUUCUCAUAGCAAUGCUUAUUUCUACGGAUUCUUCAAGAAUAAGCGGAUAGUGCUCUUUGACACCCUCUUGGAAGACUAUUCUGCAUUGAACAAAGAACCAGCAGAAGGAGAAGAUGGUGAGAAUGAAGAAACAAAGUCUAAAACCAAAAAUAAGAAACAAGGAUGUAAAAAUGAAGAAGUUCUAGCUGUACUUGGUCAUGAAUUGGGUCACUGGAAACUAGGUCACACUGUCAAAAAUAUUAUUAUCAGCCAGAUGAAUUCCUUCCUCUGCUUCUUCUUGUUUGCUGUGCUAAUUGGUCGAAAAGAACUCUUUACUGCAUUUGGUUUCUAUGACACCCAGCCUACCCUGAUAGGCUUGAUGAUUAUUUUCCAGUUCAUUUUUUCACCUUACAAUGAGGUUCUCUCAUUUUGUUUGACUGUAUUAAGCCGACGGUUUGAGUUUCAAGCAGAUGCAUUUGCCAAGGAACUUGGGAAGGCUAAAGACCUAUAUUCUGCUUUGAUCAAGCUAAACAAAGAUAAUUUAGGUUUUCCUGUUUCUGACUGGAUCUUUUCAAUGUGGCAUUACUCCCACCCACCCCUUUUAGAAAGACUUCAGGCCUUGAAAGAUGCAAAGCAAGAGUAAUAGGAAUCAUUGCUGGUUCAGAGACACUGCUUCCAUCUCAGAAGCAAAGUUCAGAGCUGCUUUUUAAUUUUUUUUAAAAAAUUGAUAAUGCCAAUUAAGUGCACUGUUAACAGCACCACAGAUAUGAGAAUCCUGAAACAGGUGUUAAAUUAUAAAUUACUUCUUUUUAACAAAAACAAAACUGUGGAACUUAAUUUAGAAAAAGUACUGGGUGAUGACCUUUCCCCUCCUCCCCAAUGACUUUUAUUCAAAGUAUAGACUUUUAAAGGGAGGAAAACAAGAGUAGACUUCGAAGCACCUUUUUCUUCAGUUUGUGUAUGCCUUGAAAAUUGCUUUUGAUCCUCUUUCCAUUCUCUGUGUUCUGUGAACCUUCCCGGUUUUACUCUCUUCACAGUGAAGAGGCUUUGGGUGACUUGAUUUCCUGUAUAAUGAUACCUGUACUCGCCAGUCAGUGUGUUGUGUUUUAAAAAGCUGAAUGCAACAGCAGCCUUUCUCCUGGAUUCGUUUGUCAUAAUGAAAAAUGCUACAUAAUAAAACCUUUCUCUGAAGUGUGGGAAGAAGGAUGAAUUACAACUGAAGAAAUGUACCGUGGCUUCCUUGAAAAUGAGCACUAGUUGGUAUUUAGUAGCAUUAUAGUGGGAUUAGGCUGCUCCUCUUCCCCAUUGUGCUGCUGGGGAUGUGGAAGGAUGUUACAGGAAUGGCAUACACAUGUUAGAGAAAGAUACUAAUUCUCUCUUGUUCUCUUUUUUGCUUGCAAGUGGGAUGGUUAACAGCUUUCCCACACCUCAGGUCCUCCAUUUCGGUUCUUCUUUGCCUAGAUUUUUUGUGUAUAUGGAAGUGUCCAGUUGCUCAGCAAGUGUAUCAGAGCCAAGCUUUCAUUCUGAGAGGGUUUGUCAUCCACUCCAUGGAGGGUUUUCCAUUAAUAUGAAUCCAGUUCAAAUAGCAGUGCUGGAAUAUUUGUUCUUCAUCAUUGUUCUUAUAUAUAAAAAUUGUUCUUAUAUAUAUAAAAAAGCCCAGGAAACAGUUUGCCCACAUCAAUUAGUGAAGAAUGAAGUGAGUAAUUGUGGAAAUGGCUUCGGCAUUGAUUAUUUCAGACUUUCCUGAUGAAAGAUGCAAUUAAAUUUACUUUUGUUGAAAUAAAGAUAAAAGUUAAAUAUAAGUUUGCAUGUGCAUACAAAUGUUUUGGACCAGCCUGAAUGCACAUACUUCAUAUAAAAACUAGGUUUUCUAUCUGCAGUAAAUUAAAAAGUUUUGCUCAGCUCUGUACAGAGGUCAUCAAAGCAAAUUGCCGUUGUUUCAGAUGUCAGAGUAUUCUUAGAUCCUUUAUUGAUAGCUUUGUUUCCUUUUCUGAUCAUAAGGAAAAAUGCCUUUAUAAAAUGAUGGGCAUGAUGAUGUCUCAGAUGCAACAAGAUGUUGCUGCAAGUCCUUUGUAUGCCUUAUUCUAAUUGUGUUUAUACCCCAGCAAAUACAGAGCUAAACUAUAAAUAUGGAUUUAGGAUUUGGUUUUACAAAUAUGGAGAGCCUAUAUUUGUCAUGUUAACUGCAUUUAAUAAAUGGCCCUCAAAAAUAAAA